AUGUCCGAGACCGCGCAACUCUCGACGCAGCAAACACUGUCCCGGUUCCUGCAAGGAUGCCGGGAAACGAACAAGACGCAUCUCAUUGUGGAUGUCAGUCAAAACGGCGGCGGCACGAUUGCGGUAGCAUACGGUAUCUUCAAGCAACUGUUCCCGACUCUUGAGCCAUAUCUGGGGGCCCAAUCACGGGCACAUGAACAGUACUGGCGGGUCGACAUUCUCGGGAGUUACUUUACUCGCAUAGCCCGACAGGUCGAAAAGCAGCAACCUGGGAAUGUCACCGCCCCUAACGACGUCGGAGGAUACCAAAGCUUUGAUGUCUCAGUCCUCUACAACGAUAGCGGGGUGCGCGGUGACAAUUUCACAAACCAAUACCAACUCGACCUUUCAAAUGCAGACUAUGAUGAAGCCACAGGCGGCAUCGUUGUCACUGGCUACGCCAACAAUUCAAAUGUUGCGCCUCAGCCUUUCCUUCCCGAGAACAUUAUGGCUUUCAGUGAUUGGUUCUGUGGAUCGGCCUGCACAAUCUUCAUUCAUCUGCUGAAGUAUCAGGGCAAGACUAUCGGAGGCGUCAAAGACUGCUUCACCGGAAGAAACCAAAAAGCUAACCUGACAGCACUGAAAGACCUGGCAGACUACGGCAAUACGCUGCUGCUCCGGGACACUCAGGGACUUGUUCAGGUCAACUUUCAGAAUGCCAUUGCUCAGUACGAUCAGUCCCAGACACCGCUCCAAUUUGUCUACGAGGCCACGGACUGCAGACUGUGGUAUCAGGUGGCUCACGCGCGGAAUAUUUCAGCCCUGUGGCAGACGGUGGCAGACCAAGCAUUCGGCCUGAACGGUCAAGAGAGAUUCUCAUUGUGCGUUCCCGAGAGCACGAAUCAUCCCAGCAGCCUGAGUGGCAACCAGACAUUGUACCAAGGGGGACAGAUUGCCAAUGUCACUGGGCAUAACCCCGGAGACGAGGACGUCCCGAGCAACUCGCAGCGGAAUGGUUCUGCGUCGAUGAUGUCGGCCGCUAAUCUGUCGAGCAUGGUCUUGGGGAUGCUUUUGGCGGUCAUGUCCCUGUUGUGA